CCCGCCUUGGAUUCCACUCUUCCUGCGUCCUCGGAGCUGUUGCAGCAGUUGCAGUCCCUGCGCCUCUCCCCCCUCCCCUCCCCACCGCCGCUGCCGCCUAGGUCUUCCCGAUUCCCCGCCGCGCCUUUCCCGCCCCGGAUUUCACUGUCCGCCGCCGCCGGGCCGCUUCGGGAGGCUCUCCUCUGAGCGCCGGCCGCCGCCGCGGCUGGGCAUCUGGCUUUGCCGGGGUUCUUGAGCUUGUCUGUGCAAUGACGUGACUAGCCCUGGCUGGGGUUAGGGUUCUUGGCCCGGAGCUCUCGUUCUUUGAAUUCUUUGAAGGUUGAUGGAGGGAAAAGGGCCCGGAUUUCGAGGAGUUCUUGGUGCCGUGCUUGUCUCGGGAAAGGGGAAUCUUGCGUUCGUGGAGGGUUUUUAGCUCUACGAGGAGGGUGAUUUUCUUUGAGUAAUUGCCUUUUGUUUUCCCUCUUCUGCUCGAUUCCUGAGGAGCUCGAGUGGGGAACCCGGUAAAGUUUGAAUUUUUGGGCGGUAAAAGCUCCGGGAGCUGGGCGGAAAUGGCUUCCAUGGCCGGGGCGCCGAGGGUCCGGUCCCUGAACAUCGCGGCGCCGGAGGUGGAGGCGAGGCCGGUGCUGGUGCCGGGAGGCAACAAGGCCAGGUCGGGCCCGGCGAACGCCCGGAAACCGUCGCCCAAGCCGCUGCGGAAGGCGGAGCCGGCGGCGGCGGGGACGCCGGAGAAGCCUGCGGCCGCCGCGGCCAAGGAGGAGGAGGGCGCCAAGAGGAAUGCCGUAGGUGGGGGCGGAGGUGGCGCGCCCAAGGGUGCGUCCCCUGUGCCUUCGCCACGGCGCACGCCGCCGGGGCCGCCGCCGAGGAGGAACGACGCGCCGCUGCUGCAGCCGAGCUUGCCGCUCAGCUCGUCUUGCUCCUCGGACGCCUCCGCGGAGUUGGUCCGCACCCGGGCUUUCACUGGGAAGGUGGAGAAGAGCCGGUCUUGGUCGACGGCUGCGCCAAAGCAAGGGAAGGCUGUGGGUAAGGUGGCAGAGAGCAAGUCGGCCGGUGUGGAUUUUGUUGCUCCGGUAACGCCAGAGGCUGUGGAAGGGAAGAGGAGGUGCGCAUGGGCGACUCCAACCACCGAUCCUUUCUAUGUCACUUUCCAUGAUGAGGAAUGGGGGGUUCCUGUACAUGAUGACAGGAGAUUGUUUGAGCUACUUGUACUAUCUUGUGCAUUGGCUGAGCUUACAUGGCCCGAAAUUCUCAAGAGGAGGCAACUUUUUAGGGAAAUUUUCAUGGACUUCGACCCUCCUGCCGUCUCUAAAAUAAAUGAGAAGAAGCUUGUGGCACCUGGAAGUGUUGCCCUUUCUCUUUUGUCAGAGCAAAAGCUCCGAGCUGUCCUUGAGAAUGCUCGCCAGAUACUAAAGAUUGCUGAUGAAUUUGGGUCCUUUGAUCGAUACUGCUGGGGUUUUCUGAACCACAAGCCUAUAGUAAGCAAGUUCCGCUAUCCAAGACAAGUUCCUGUCAAGAGUCCCAAGGCAGAUAUAAUCAGCAAAGACAUGAUGCGAAGGGGAUUUCGUGGUGUGGGCCCAACUGUCAUAUAUUCCUUCAUGCAGGCUGCAGGGCUAACAAAUGAUCACCUGGUCAGUUGCUUCCGGUUCGAAGAAUGCAAUGCCACUCCAACUCUUUGCACGAGAGACAUCAACAAGGCAAACAUGAAGGCAGAUCUGAAGAAAGACGAGAUGACAACAAAGAUAUGUUGUGAGGAGGUUGGCACUAACGCAGAGAUGCCGAGGACGAUUGAUGCGCUUAUCGUUUCAUAGCACCAUGAAGAAAUUGGAAUAACAGUGCAGCUACUGAACUUGUGUUAUCUCUAUGUUAGACAGUGUGCUAGGUUAUCCUUGAAUUGAGGUUAGGACUUGUGUAAAAAUCACUUCUGUUGGUAAUGCCACUCUAUUGUACAUUGAAUGGUUAGCGAAGCGAAGGAUGGUGGCCUUUAUUUACUGAUCCUAAAACUGUGAAUCAUUCAGCAGUUUUCUCCUGAUCAUUGCUGUUCAUCAGAAAUUCUGUCUGGUUGCAUAGAGGGAUUUCUUUGGUGGCUUA